AUGACUCAACGCAGAAAAAUGGAAACGGUGGCAUCCACGACCAUAGACGAAGCGACGUCCUCACUGGAUCUUCGCAUUCUAGAGCUGAUACAAGCCACUCAGGAUCGCACCAUACGACCUGCCAAAGUCUCCACAGAAUUGGGUAUUUCUAUCAACGAGGCCACCGCGGAGCUUUGCGGCCUAUUGGCUGCUGUUGGCGGUGGAAUCGAUGGCGCCGCUUUUCGAUUUGAACAAGCCGAUGGAAAUCCGGUGAUGGUCUUUACAUUUCCCGAGGACUUUCGUGCCCGAGCUCUACGGAAGCGGCGUCGACAAGACUUUCACGAAACAAUGCAAACUUUUCUUGACAUCGUUGGAAAGAUACUGAAAACGGUGACCGCUUUUGGUUUGAUACUCUCACUUCUGAUUGUUUCUCUUGCUGCCAUGAUGGGGCUUGUCGCAGCGGUAAUCGGUUUGUCUCGAACUGGCAAUCAAGGGCAUCGAAAUAUAGUUGUACGCCAACUCCGUUCUAUGUUUUAUACCACGCGGCAGUUGCUAUGGUGUUAUGCUGUCUUCGGUCCUGCAGGCGAUGAUGGACAAGAUCUGUUCCUAAGGGAGGUUGCCUAUGAUACAUCUCUCGCGUGUUCCGUCUGUUAUGGGAAUCCGGCCAGCUUUUUUUACUGGAUCCGUGCUCAACAGCUGGCAAGACGAAGUCGAGUUCGUGGGUGGACCGCGUUUGCUCGUUCACAGGGAACACUCACCAAUAACGAAGGAGCCGCGCUUCUUCGACCACGUUUGAGACCUAACAACCUUCCAACCGAUACUCCAGAAAUCUCACAACGGACGCUACUACCCGUCGCUGUUGAAUUUUUGUUUGGGCCACCUUCGUAUCUAAACGAGGAGACCGAGAAAUGGAAGCUACGAGCACAUGCUUUGAUCCAAAAGUCAAUGAUAAGUAGCAGUAGAGGCGUCUCUUUGGAAGAAAUGAGUCCUUACGUAGAUCAUCCACCAGCAACGCUGAGUGAAUCGUCGAAGAUCGUAGAACAGGGUUUAAUAUUGGUUGCUUACUUCAAUGGAGUUCCAAUGAAAAAUUGCACGGACCAACCGGCCAAGGCCCUGUUUAAUUUCCCAGAAUUGCUAUCCGAAAGCAGCUCGAUAACUAAAUUUGAUUCUUCACCGGUGUAUGACGAUGAUGGAAGUUGGAGCUCUGUUUUGUACGCCAAGGAAGCAGGCAGCGGACGCUUACGAAGCUCAUUUGAUGUUGCAGAGAGCAUAGAAGAACCUCCUUUACGAUUCACUCAACUUCCAAAGAAAGACUUCGUGAGGUGCAUCGGUCUAGGGCUCCUAAACUUGAUUGGAGUGUUAUGGUUAGGACAGUCAAUUGGAGUGGGAGGUGCGCUGGAGUUGAAGAGCGGUAUUUUGCUGGAACGGUUUUUGCGUAGAUGGGUGGUCCCUAUUCUUCAGUUCUAUGGAUUUCUGUUCUUGGGCCUACCUGCCGGUCGGCUUUGCAUCGUUAUUCUGCGAAACAAGCAUCGAUAUGUGCGCAACAGGAAGCGCCGCUCUCUAGUUAAAGAGCUUACAGCGUAA